CGAGUUUAAGUGCCGGUUGUGAAUUCUUACUACUGGACAUUAACGAACUCCCUUUGGAUCCCGAGCUUCCUCACAUCCCCACGAAUCUCUCUCUCCUUCAGAUACUCACUCGAUAAUGGACAUGCACAUGGACUUGAAAGUUGGCUUUGGUGAAGAUUUUGCUCUCGGAAAUCAGGGUCUACCUUGUGCUUCAUCGACUGGUAGCUUUUCUUCGGCAUCGACUUCUGGUUCUAUACCCGAACCAUUCACACCAACAUCUGGUCGAUCGACUCCUGGACUUCGUUCUAUCUCGAUGGAGCACGAACAAAUUACUUAUCCUCCACCUGGAGGCUAUGAAUUAACUCCGCCAUCCUCGGCUUUUGGCGGUUAUUUCCCAUCCGAAGCUAAAGCCGAUUUUCAUCGAUACAUGGAUUAUAAUAGUGCCUCGCCGAGUCCAAGCCGAAAGUCCAGUAUGCAAUCCCAAGCUGUGGACUAUGAAUAUGCUCCGAUGGUCCCUACCACAUUUCCUUCCUUGUCAGCUCAGAAUCACCCUCUUGAACCGGCUCAUCAUCAAACUAUGGGACAUUACUCCUUUGCGGAUUAUAUCCCAUCACCACAAUAUCCAGUCUCUACGCCUGGUUAUCAUAUGAACAGUGCUCCCGCUUGCGAUACAUCAGCAAUGUGGGAAUGGACGAGAGAAAGUCCUGUAUCAUUCUUCGGAAGAGGACAUCCCUCCGCAUCUCCUUCUCCUUCCCAUGCUCUCUCUUCUCGCGAUCGAAAUGGCUUGACACCUCCCUACCUUGCUAGUCAUGGAAAGAGACGAGUCAACGUGGAUAAAGUGCAGCAAAAGAGUUCAGCACCUCACAGGGCCCAACAACGUUCUGGAGUUCGAAUCGAAAGAAUCGCCGCUGCUACUUUCAAAUGUAACUACCCGGAUUGCCAAAAGGGUCCAUUCAAGAGACAGGAACACUUGAAAAGACAUAAGAACACUAAGCAUGCAGAAAACCCGAUUUCUAUUAUUACAUCUUGCCCAUUCUGCGGUAAGCCAUUCAACCGCAAGGACAAUUACCGCCAACACUUGAAACUUCACACUUUAAAGAAUCGACCAACUCGUCGUACCGACUACUUUCCCGAAGCUCAAUCAUUACUAGAUGAAGAAAUCAACAAGACCAAGCAAAGGAGUCAACUCAAAAAGAAAGGCGACUCCCUCAAGGAUGAGGACGACUUCUAGAAAUUUGAAAACUACUAUUCAUUCGAUUCCCACCCGGCAACACGGGAUAUCUCGACAACUUAGUCACGACAUUGGCGAGUAGGCUUCAAGAUCACAUCAAUAUUUCUUUUGGUUUUGGUUGGAUCGGGAAAAAAUAAGGGUAUGGCGUUUACAUAGGGAGUUUUGGUCUUUGGGGAUUGUCUCUUUUUUUUUUUAUGUUCUAUUUAUUUACUCGCAUUAUCAGAGGCGUCUUGGAAUAAGUAUAGCGGGCAACCGGGCCUUGGGAAUCAACAUUGAUAUCAUCAAUUUCCUUUUUUUAUUUCAUUUUCUUGUAAACGCAUUCGACAGAUUGCGACGCUAUAAGCACAGAAUUUGGCUUCUAUAUUGGACUGGCUGGUUUACGGGACAUACA